CCUCCACAGUCAGCCGGGAUCAGAUCCGGCAUCCUGAGACACUCAGCUCCAUGAAGAGGUUUAUUUGUAUCUUUACCUGCCUGCUUAACAGAGUUUUCUUCCGAUUUAAGUACCGCCGUCCUCAACACUCCUCAUUCCGCCGUUCAGAGUCAGCUGAGGACGUCCAGCUGGCUCCACCAGUUAGCAUUAGCAUUAGCUUGUUGUGCUGUAUCGUCGCUGUAGGAAGUGAUGCAUGAAAAAUACGCCAGUCGUUUGGCAGGAAAUGAUGUUAUGUUAGAUCCACCCAAGGAACAACGGCGAUAGAAAAAAAAGAUGGCGAUGAAAAAAAAGAUGGCGAUGAAAAUUGCUAUGUCGUGCCUCCUGUUAAUUUUACCGUGUGGUUUGGCUUUACCCGACCAUCAGGUCAUCAGAGCUCAGAUCGGACAGACGGUCAUCCUGCCAUGUUCCUAUCAGAGCCACACUCCAGUAUUAGUACUACAAUGGAACCAGACCAACAUACAGGCGGAGCAUGAGAACGACUACGUCCUCCUCAACCGAGAAGGGUCUCUGGUCACAGAUCAUCAACUGCAGCGCUUCCGAGGCCGGGUGGAGCUGCAGGACCCCAAGCUGGAGAACGGAAACUUCAAUUUGACCCUGAAGAAUGUGGCCGACUCUGACGAUGGAACCUAUGAGUGCAAAGUGUUCCAGAAGACAGAAUUCAUCUCUUUGACAAUCGUCUCCCUGAUCAUAGAGAACAAGACCACAGAAGAACAAGCCACAGAGAGCAAGAGCGAAGAUGGACAAGACAAAGAGAACAAGACCAGCAAUGAAUUGACCAUUGGACUGUCUGUUGUUGGGAUUUUAUUACUAUUUUUGUUUCUUGUUUUUGUUUUUCGUAAAAGGUUUUCAUUUGCUGCUCUUGCUAAAUGCAAGGAAAUAUGUAACAAAAAGCCAUUUGAUGUAUAUUAAAAGAAAUUCUUUUCAGAAUAAAAUUUCCUUUUUUUUGACUAAUAAAUAAUUUUUUUUUUUUUUUGAC